UAGGACAAUGCUCUUAACAUAAAUCAACUAACAAUGGUUGAAGUACGGUCAAACGGACAAUCUACCACUGUUGUUUUACAGCAGCCUCUGUCAGUAUUGCAACCUCAACAAGGAUAUUUCCUAACGAGAGGAUGGAGUUCUGGAAUUUGUAGCUGUUUCGAUGAUUGUGGAUCAUGUCUUUGUGCAGGAUUUUGUUAUCCAUGUUAUCUUUGUCAUAUGUAUAGCAUUUCAAAUGAGGCCUGUUGGCUUCCUUUAUUUGGAGUUGGUGUUCUUCCUCUACGUAUUAAACAUCGAAUCAAACACAACAUAGAUGUACGUUUUACUGAUCUAUUAGUAAUUCUGGUUUUUGUCAUUGUGGUGUCGUGGACUUAGUUUUUCAGACGUAUAUAUGUUUUUUAAGAUGUAUUUUGGACGAAGAAAUAUGACAUAUCCUGUCAAGGUGAGUAAUAAGUCACCAUGUAGCUGUAUGAAUAAAUGCUCUAGUGCAUAAGUGUAAGGAAUUCGUUCAAAUAAGUUUGUUUGAAUGCUAACAAUAUUAUAUAUAACGGGGGAGUAUGGAAAAUUUAGUACUUGUAAUGAGAUUACAGUAGGUUAGAAUGAAUAUCCAGAUGCGUUUAUUAUCUUAAUCAGGAAGUAUUCGGCUCCAUACUUAGCUCAAAUAGCUUUCAUUAAGGAAAAGAAAGUACUGUCUGAAAAACUGAAUCUUGAAAGUUACAUCCGCACAAGGAAUGCUGUUAUAAAUAGUAAAGCCUAAUAGAUCAGUCUAAACAAUCUAUCUUCUAGGGUAGCCGUUAUUUUCGUUAAACAUGUUAAAAGGUAUAUUCCUCAAGUCAAACUCCUCUUAAUCUGCUCACCAAAGUACAUUAAAUUGUUUUACAAAACAGUUCGCUAUUAAGAUGGUUGGAGGUUGUCAACAGGACUACCUAUAUAUAUAUUAUAUAUAUAUCAUACGAGUUUUAGAUUUAUUGUUUAUAUAAAUGUAUUUUUAUAAAAUUGUAUCUCGUUUUGGGAUAGAAUACACGAGGAGAAAUUCAUGAAGUUAAUAGUUUAUUUUGGUAAAAUAAUGAUUAGUAGUUUUGCUCAACCGUAGUCAUGAUGAAAUCAGAAGAUUUACCGCUGGUUGCACAAAUAAAGUUCAAUAUCCUACACAACCUAAAGAAAACGUUUCAUGUAAGUUCAGUGACUAUUCAUGAAUGAUAGUCACAAAUAAUAUAAAGGAACACGGCAAUUUAGUAUUCGGCAAAUCUGAAGACACAUAACCUAUUUAUGAGUAAAAUUUGGACUGAAAACUUCCUUCGAUAUUAACAAAUAAUGUGGAGAUAGGCUUAGAUCAGUAGAACAGCCUACAUACUGACAUUUGGGAUAUUUAUUUGUUGCAGAAUCACCAAUAAUCACGAAUGGUCAGUUUCUUUCAGGUUUAAGUUUGAAGUUAAGAAAUUGAGUGUAAAAACAUUUAGAAGAGACCUCAAUUUUUACCUCGAGAAGAAAAUUGAUAUAACUACAGUCAUAUCACCAAGAUAUUUAUCGAGAAUACUUUAGUAGAAGAAAUUGGGGCAUUCAAUUAACAGGACACCAAUAGGUGGAGAUAGUGAAAACACCUUGGGGCACACCGUUUUCGAUAGUAACGAAGAAGAACACUUUCAUUUAUAUAAAAUAAACAGCUCGAUUCCAGUAAAAUAAAAUUGUAGUUACUUUGUAUUUGGUGUUUUAAGAUAGUAGACAUGUUUAGUGAAAGAGAUAUUGAAACUGAAUCUAAACCAAAUGCGUAGGGAUGAAACGCAAAUCAAACAUACUCAAGAACCUUUUGUAAUCCAAAUAUCAAACUGAAAGACAGUACCUGUUCCACGCUUGUAAUCUAAUUUAUACGUAAAAUAAUACAAUACUAUUACUUUAGCGUAAAGUACACAUGAUAGACAUAGAAUCUUCAUGUGUCUUACCCGACUAUUAUUGAUAAAUAAUGCUUGAUUUAUACUUGUUCACUUUAUAUUAUCUGAGUUUAGUAAUUUAACGGAAAUACCUCUGAAUUAUUCUUAUGAAUGUUUUAUGCACAUUCACAAAUGAAUAUUUGGAGUUCAUUAAAACAACAUUUUAAUGAAACUUGAACAGAAACUAGAUGAGAUUUUUAUGGCAGUCUUACAAUGUACUGUGGGCUGUUAUUUUUAUGUUUAAUAACUGUACCUUUAACUAUGUACUAAUUACACUAAAAAUCACCAGGGUAAAUAGAUUCAAAACACAAUAAAAUGUAUUAACAAAGACUUAUCUAUUACCAUGUAAUAAUGCUAAUCAGUAUAUACAACUGUAUUAUUAAAAUCGAAAUAAUAUAAUAAUCAGUUAAAUAUGAAAAAUCCGAUCAGACUUCAUGUGACAAUUCUAGAUCCGUUUUACUUUUUAUAUCACAAUACUAAAUUUUACAUUGUUCAAACUUCGUAAAUAGAUAUUAAGUAUAUUUGUUUAUUUACAUUAACUUUGUGCUAACGCAUUGGAUAAUGUAAUAUGAUCCGUUAAAUGUAUUUCUACAAUAUUGAUGUUCGUUAUGUUAGCUUAUAAACAAUAUCAACUACUAUGUUUCGAAUAAUAUCGAUGAAUUUCUUAGCUAUUAUAUAGCACACUCAAUUCCGAAACUGUUUUAAUUUAUGUUUAAUAAUUACAAAGGGUGUGUGAAGAAUGUGACGUUUCCAUAGUUUACAUUACUGGUUGGUUUUUAUUUUGACAAGCACUGCAAAGUAGGAAGGACUAGAUAACCAUUUUGUCUUAGCAUGAAACUUCUCAGUUGUACAUAUGAAUGACUCACCAUGUCUAGAGGUUUCUAUGAGCCUGAGGCCCUCAGUCUAGUUCCCGAUGAUGUCCAUGAAUGUGUGUUGUUUAGGGGUCUUGUACUUGAGAGAUUCGUCAUUCCGGUGCUUCUAGACUCUCAGUGGGUAUAUUUGACUAUUCAGUUGUUUAAAUUUACCAAUAUUAUUAUUGAUAAUUAUUCAUUUUAAUAAUUUCUAUUUUAUUAGGGCUCAUUACUUGAUGAUCAUUUUAUUACAUGUUGUUGUCCUCAACUUGUUUUAUGCCAGUUGAGGCGAGAUAUGAGAUAUAUGGGAUCUUAAUAAAUUUUAAUUAUGAUAAAUAUAAUCAAUCGGAAAAUGGAAUAUUUCAAUCUUUCGAAGAAUGUUGUUUUUUGAUUACAUGAGCGUUUUAUAACAUAAACUACUUUCAUGUUAAAAAGGAAUAAUUAUAGUGUGCAUACAUGAUUAAGAGUUGUUGAUAAAGAAUAAAAAAUCUUUGGU